AUGGACUUCAGCGGCACCUGGAAAGUUUAUUCUGAGGAAAACCUGGAAGAGUUUCUCAAAGUAAUAGGUGCACCUGAAAUGAUGGUGAAAAUGCGUAAGGAGGUGAAGCCGGUGAUAGUGAUCGAGCAGAAUGGGAACGACUUCACCUACACGAUGAAAACUCCUGUCUGCACCAAAGUCCACUCGUUCACUCUCGGGAAGGAGACGGAGAUGGCUGCUCUGGACGGCAGGAAGUUUAAGUGCACCGUCAGAGAGGAGAAUGGGAAGCUGAUUUCUGAGACUGACAAGUUCACGUCUGUCCGGGAGAUCCAAGGAGACGACAUGGUCGAGGUGAGCAGCUUUAUUUCUAUUAAAACCUGCUGGAUAGAUGAGAGGGAACUGCUGAGUUUUGGAAACCAUCACUGCGGGUUCUGUAACCUUCAUCAGCAAAAGCAAGCGAGUCUGAUCAGCAGCCAGAAGCUCGUGGAGUCCUAUCAGACCAGCUGGCCUUAA